AUUUUAACUACUUUUAAAAACCUACCCAACCCAUUUGGUUUUUCAGUUUUUCGCUUUUUCUACACAUUUUGUCUUGUGAUAUGGCAUCAGUUUUGCAUUUUAGCCCCUCGCCUUGACCUAAAUUUCUCAUCCACCCCUGGCAUCCAAUUUUAAAUGCUUUUAUUUAUGAACCUAACGAACCUAUGUGUGUUAUAUUUAUUUCUAGUGUACUUGAAGAGGAAAGGACCAAAAAGUGUGCUUUACAAGUUUCUUUGCAUCUAUUUUUAAAGAUAAAGAAGUUCUUCAAAGAUAAUCCUAAAGAGCUCGAAAAAUGACUAAAGAUGAAGACUUUAAGCUUCUUAAGAUUCAGACCUGUGCUCUUAGAGUGAACAUACACUGCGAUGGGUGCAAGGAGAAAGUGAAGAAAAUCCUACAGAGAAUUGAAGGUGUUUACAAAGUAAACAUAGAUGUGGAGCAACAAAGGGUCACAAUCUCAGGAAUAAUAGAAUCUAAUGCUCUAAUCAAGAAAUUAAUUCGAGCCGGAAAACACGCCGAGCCCUGGUCUCAAAAACCCUCCCAAAACCACAAACAGAAAUCCAACUGCACCAAAUUAGAUGAUAAUAACAAGAAAAUGCCGAAAAACAACAACAUGAAUGCCGAAAAGCCCAUGAAAAACCUCGAAUCAUCCCUCAAACCCCAGCAGAAAUUCCCUUUCAUAACCGAAGAAAACGGUUGCUCGUCCGAUGAAUUCGACGAGGAGCGCGAAAUGCAGCUCUUUAGAGAAAAGAUGAACCAAUUUGCUUUUCUCAAGCAACAAUCUGAAGCAAAUGCCAAGAAAAUUAAUGUUGGGCCCUUCAAUGGCCCGACUCAGAACAUGGUCUUGAGGGGAAUAAACCAAAAUGGGCUUGCUGAGCAGAAAAUGUUUCAAAAUGGGGUGAUGAUGAAUAAUAAUAACAAGAACUUACAAUUUGGGGGUGCAAAUGUGAAAAACCAUAGUGAAGGGACUGAAAUUGGGAAUAUGAUGAGCCUUGCAGGUUUUCAUGCAAAUGGGGUUAAUGCGAAUAAUCAUGGGUUUAAUCAAUUUAAUCAUCCGGCAUCUUCUGCCAUGAUGAUGAUGAAUUUGCAGAACAGGGCUCAGCCUCAGAUGAUGUACAAUCGUUCCCCGUUUGUACCUUCGAGUACAACUGGCUAUUACUACAAUUACGGUCCUGUUCCUUAUCCUACAGUUCCGUACAGUUCGAUCGAGCCUGAGUGUUCUGCUCAUGAUAUGUUUAGUGAUGAGAACACAGGUAGCUGUUCAGUCAUGUGAGAAGGGGAAGUUGUUAAUUUAUCUGAAUUUUAAUGUUUUGUAAGGAUGGUUAUUUGGGCUAUUUUGUGAAGUUUAGGGUGUUAGUUUCUAUUUUAAUUUAGCUGAUAUUAGUGUUAAGUUAUUUAAGUAGUAUGUUUCCUUUGUUUUGAGGGAUGACUUUGUUGGCCCUUAAGCUUUGCUUGUAUGGUUUCAAGAUUGUAAUUUGUUUUUGGUUUUUGCUAAUUAUAGUAUGUUUGAAGUGUGAUAAAUUAUAUGGCAGUUGUUGUGUUUGUUUGUUAAUGAUGUGAGUGGUGUGGAUUUUUGAGAAAUA